UAUUAAUAUCACUUACCCAUAUGUAACACACAUAGCCGUUAAGAAUCACUAUUGAAAGCAAAAUUCCAUUCCGAAUCAUUUGCAAUUUUAUCUACCACUUCUUUUCCUUUAUUUUUCGUUCCUUACUGAUCAGUUACUUAGUACUUCCUAAAUAAGUAACUCUACCUACAAUACUUUUAUACCAUCCAUACAAUGGAUAUGUUCGAUUCUGCCCUAAAGAAUCCGGCUCCACCUAACAAAAGUCCCAGUCAAAUAACUUCUAAUCAAUCUCUGCCUGCUAAGGCUACUAGUGUGAGUCCUCCUAAGUCUAUGGUAUCAAUUCUAUCUACACUGCCAUCGAGCUCAUCGUCAUCUUCACCAUCAUCUUCAAGUUCUACUAAUUCAAAUAAUAAUAAUCCUAAUAAUAAUAAUAAUAAUAAUACUAAUACUAAUACUUUACCUUCAAUAUCAAAGAUCACUCAGGGAAAUUUCACUAUCAAAAUGUCUCCCUACCUGAAAGCUAGUCGUACAUCCCCAUCACAACUGUCUGCUCCAUUAGUAUCACAUUCAGAUACUCAUUCAAAUAUAAAUCACCACCAUAACCAUCAUCACAGAGUGGGCAAACCUGAAUUUGAAAGUAAUAUAAAAUCUCGAAAUGCCAAUAAAAAGAAUUCUAGAAGAAAACAUCGUAAUUCCCAUCUUGGAUGUGGCACAUGUAAAAAGAGAAGAAUUAAAUGUGAUGAAACUUUACCGGCAUGUAUGAAUUGUACUAAAGGUAAAUUACAUUGUGCUUAUCUUACUUUAGAUACUAAUGCAAGAAAUGCUUUAAGAAUGGCUCAGUAUAAUCAAACUUUAAGACAAGAGAAAGUCGAAAGUGGACCUACUGCUAUGGCUAAUUCAGAUUCUACUGUUACUCAAACUAUAGUUAAAUCAGAAAAGGAUUCACCUGCUAAAUCUCAGAAUACUAAUAGUAAAUCCAAGAGUAAUAGUCGAAGUAUAGAUACUCCUACCACAGUGCCUGCUGCUACACCACAUUUCCCAUCAUCACUUCCACCUACAAGUACUCAACAAGUCAAUUCUGUACCAGUAUCUGUACCAGUACAAGGCCCAGGAAUUCCAACUCAACCAAAUGGUGUAGUAUUACCAGGCCCAACAUAUUCCAUAAUUCAAACAGUUGCUCCACCAUCUAUGCCAGGAACAGUCAAUACUACCCCAACUAUGACUGCCAAUGGUCAUGUCCUUCAACAACCACCUUAUGGUCAGUUGGUUGCUCUUCAACCAGGACCAGUAUAUUAUACAACUGGUAAUUCAUUACAGCCACAAACAUUUCAAUUAGUUCAAACAACUGCUCCUAAUGGGGUACCUCAAAUGGUCCCCAUCUCAGUAGUUGGACAACAGACAGUAUUACAACCUCCAACUCAACAAUUAACUGUUGUACCUCCUCCACCUCCAGCACCCUUAGUUGCCCCAGCUCAAACCAUUCCUAAGAAGGAUGAAGUAUUACCAUCUAUAACUGUAAAGGCUCCAUCAACGGUGGUAUUACCCAUCCGAAGCACCACUACUAGUUAUACAGAUUUAAAAUCUAUUUCACUUGAAAAAUCACCACUAAUGGCAACUUCAAUCUAUCCAACCACUUCAACAUCCGACUAUUCUUCCAGAAAUUUCAAUACCAACUCGGAAGUUAAAUUACCUUCUAUAAAAUCUUUAUCUGGAGAAUAUGCUGCUGGUAUAAAUUCAACUAUUCCAUCUGUAGGUAGCAGUCAUAAUUCAGAAAGUACUAAUCAAGAUAAAGUGCCUACCAUUUCAAAAUUAUUAUCAUGAACUACUCACUUAAUGCCCUUGUCCUUACCUAUGCCCGUAUACCCUAUUGUAGAAUCAUGUAACUAUUGGUUCUACAGAUUCAUUGUACUAUACUAUUUCCUUUCCUAGAGUUUAAUUAUAUUUAUUAUCAUCGACAUUAUUAUUAUUCUUAAUAUCCGGCCUUCCGUUCGUUACUUGCCAAUGGCAAUUAUUUAUUGUUACGACUUCUUUAUUUAUUAUGGUGCUGUAUUAACUAGUUGUUAAUAUGGUGUAAUGGUUACUUUCUUCUUUUGCUAGUAUUAUUAGUUAGUUUAUAGUCAAAUAUUA